AGGUGAUGCACAGCGUGUUGCAGCGGCUCGAGGGCAUGAGGGCCUUCCCCUACCUGUGGCUGGUAGGCUCUUUCGCCCCCAUCGCCUGGGGGAUGAUGGACGCCGUGGCUGCCCAGCUUCGCUAUGGACACUUCCAGCCGUCCAUGUCCUUCACCAUCAACGGAGCCAAUUGGUGGCUCUGCAGCAUGCCCUGCUUAUUCGUCUUCUGGAUGACCUUGAUUCAAAGAUGCCACAAGAAGUCCAACGCGAAGUGGAAGGAGGUCCUUGUGAAUCUCGCCAUUAUGUUGGCCAUGUCGACUCUUUUUCUGGCUUUCUUCGGGGUGACCAGGGCUGUGUCCGCGUUGGUGGAGGACAAGGUGCUGGGGCAGGUCAUUCUUCUUGUGCUGAUGGCCAUCGUGACAGCGCUCACCUUCGGCAGCCAAUGCAGGAGGAAGCCCGUCGUGAUCAACCCAGCCAGUUCUGAGAAGUGACGCCCGAAAAGCCGACAAUUUUCGCCAACCUCUCUUUCUGGACAUGCGGAGCCUGCCACAGGCCCAAACCCAGGACUGCUACAAAAAGCCCUGAUUUCAAGACGCUGAAUGAGAAACAUUUUUCCAGAUCGCAAGUUUGCUCCGCGUGGUGAGCCCGGUUGGGUUUCAAAAGCCCGCAGAUCCCAAUGGGAUUCAUGGCCCGGCGAGGGGGUUCACGCUCUCCAUUCCGCGCAUGUUUUUGUUUUUGAGAAUCUGCGAGUUGGCACUUUUUGGUGCGAGCCAGUCAGGUGAGCAGUUCUCGCC